AUGGCGGCUACAAAGUUCAAGCUCAACACCGGCGCGGAGAUGCCCGCCGUCGGCUUCGGCACGUGGCAGUCCAAUCCAGGCGAGGUGCAGGCCGCCGUGUCGUACGCGCUGCAGAACGGCUACCGGCUCGUCGACUGCGCAUACUGCUACGGCAACGAGGACGAGGUCGGGCAGGGCCUCAAGGAGGCGUUCGGCUCGGGCGCCGUGAAGCGCGACGACGUCUUCAUCAUGACCAAGGCGUGGGCGACGUACAACACGCGCAUCGAGGAGGGCCUGGACAAGAGCCUCAAGAGCCUGGGGCUCGACUACGUGGACCUGUACCUGAUUCACUGGCCGGUUCUGCUGAACCCGGAUGGCAACCACGACAAGUUCCCGACGCUGCCCGACGGCUCGCGCGACGUCAUCCGAGACUGGAACCACGUCGAGGCGUGGAAGCAGAUGGAGGCCCUGCUGAGCACCGGCAAGGUCAAGGCCAUUGGCGUCUGCAACUACAGCAAGCGAUACCUCGAGGAGCUGCUCCCCCACGCAAAGGUCGUCCCCGCCAUCAACCAGAUCGAGAACCACCCCAGCCUGCCGCAGCAGGAGAUUGUCGACCUCUGCAGGGAAAAGGGCAUCCACGUCGUGGCCUACAGCCCGCUGGGCAGCACGGGCAGCCCGCUGUUCGGCGCCGAGCCCGUCGUCAAGGUCGCGGAGCGGCGCGGCGUGAGCCCCGGCACCGUCCUGCUGAGCUACCACGUCGCCCGCGGGAGCACCGUCCUCGCCAAGUCGGUCACGCCCGCGCGCAUCAAGGCCAACCUCGAGAUCGUGCCGCUCGACGCAGAGGACAUGAAGCUGCUGGACGACUACUCGGCCGAGCUGACGCGCAAGGGGGAGCUGAAGCGCUACGUGUACCCGCCGUUUGGCGUCGACUUUGGCUUCCCGGACAAGUCAUGA